CAGUACAAGACAUGGAGAGUCUUAAAGAAGGAAGCAACCAACUUGAAAGUAUACUAUCAGACACCCAGUUGCCCCGCUUCAAACGCCUCUGGUUAGCUUCAUUGAUAGAGCUGAAGCUCCUUUUCUACAUCGCUGCCCCUUCAGUGUUAGUCUACAUGAUCAACUAUCUCAUGUCCAUGUCCACCCAAAUCUUCUCCGGCCACCUGGGUAACCUCGAGCUCGCCGCCUCCUCCCUCGGCAACGCCGGCAUCCAAGUCUUCACCUAUGGCGUCCUCCUGGGAAUGGGGAGUGCAGUGGAGACCCUGUGUGGGCAAGCUUACGGUGCAUCAAAGUAUGACAUGCUAGGGAUAUACCUUCAGAGAUCAACGGUUCUUCUAAUGCUGACAGGGGUCCCACUCACUGUGAUCUACAUCUUCUCCAAGCCAAUAUUGAUACUUCUUGGCCAGUCAUCAAGGAUAGCCUCAGCCGCUGCCACGUUCGUGUACGGUCUGAUCCCACAGAUCUUCGCGUACGCAGCCAACUUUCCCAUGCAGAAAUUCUUGCAAUCACAGAGCAUUGUGGCCCCCAGCGCCUACAUAUCGAUGGUUACCCUGCUUGUGCAUCUGUUGAUAAGCUGGGUGGUGGUGUACAAGAUCGGGCUUGGGUUGUUAGGGGCUUCAUUGGUGUUGAGCUUGUCGUGGUGGAUCAUAGUGGUGGCCCAGUUCAUAUAUAUCGCUAAGAGUGAACGGUGCAAGCACACUUGGACCGGGUUCAGUCUCCAAGCCUUCUCCGGGUUACCCGAUUUCUUUAAGUUAUCGGCUUCUUCAGCAGUGAUGCUGUGCUUGGAGACUUGGUACUUUCAGAUUCUGGUUUUGCUUGCUGGGUUGUUCCAUAACCCGCAAUUGGCUUUGGAUUCUCUCUCUAUCUGCAUGACAAUAAGUGGGUGGGUUUUCAUGAUCUCGGUUGGAUUCAAUGCAGCUGCAAGUGUAAGGGUGAGCAACGAGCUUGGAGCCGGAAAUCCAAAUUCAGCUGCAUUCUCAGUGAUCAUGGUGACUUCCAUAUCAUUCAUAAUUGCAGUGAUGCUUGCAGUAGUUGUGUUGGUGCUGCGACACUUCAUUAGCUAUGCCUUCACCACCGGAGAAAUUGUUGCCAAUGCAGUCUCUGAGCUCUGCCCCUUGUUGGCCGUCCAUAUUAUCCUCAACGGAAUCCAACCUGUUCUCUCAGGUGUGGCUGUUGGGUGUGGUUGGCAAAAAUUUGUGGCGUAUGUUAAUGUGGGAUGUUACUACGUUGUUGGGAUCCCUUUAGGGACUCUUCUCGGUUUUAAGUUCAACUUUGGGGCUAAGGGAAUAUGGUGUGGGAUGAUAGGUGGGACUACAAUGCAGACCAUCAUUUUGCUGUGGAUGACAUAUCAAACAGAUUGGAAAAUAGAAGUGGAGAAAGCCAAGAAACGCUUGGCCAAAUGGAAAUUAAUGGAAGCAACACCAGAAAAGGCGUGAGAGAAGAUUUAAAGAGACCUAAUUGCAUCAAGCUAGCAACAACAACACAAGCUACUAUCCAUCUCUCUAAGUCUCUAGACCACGAUAUGAAGGCCAUGGCACCAAUAAUUGUAAGCUUCAUUUCUUGUUUUAAGCAACAAUUAAUUGAAGUCAAGUGCUACAAGGUUAGCUAAAAUAUUCACAAUGGAAAUAUGGGUCUCUUUUAAUUACUCACUUGGUGGCAAAACUGAGUUCCGUUUCCGAUCCCUACUAACUCUAACUAGGGAAAACAACAUAAUGUGUAAUAAAAAUAUGUAG